AAAUCCCCCUUCCAGGGAUAGCAAGCUGACAUCCCCGUCCCCCAGCCCCGGGAUUGCCUCCAGUCUCCCUGCAGCUACGGACCUGCCCUGGCCCAGAGCGGGAGCCCCUGAGGGCAGGGACCCUGCUUCGCCCCCGCAGGCCACCUCCUGGGCUCCUUGCUGCCUCUCAGAGUCCCGGGGACCUCGGGGAAUCAUGGGCCGCGCUCCCGGGCUAUGAGAAGGGCCGCCUGCCCCGUCCGCGCCAGUCCCGUGCCAGGCUCUGCCCCUGUCAUCCCCGGCUGCAGUGAGAGGAGGCUGGCACCAUGGGCUCGGGCAGUGUCCUCCGUGCCCGGGGGAUGAAGACGCUGCCAUGGACAGCCCCUGCCAACCCGACCUCCUGAGGAGUCUCCCUCAGCUGCCCACUGCAGACACCCCUGGGCACGGCCUCGCCAGGAUGGGCUUGGAGAGCUUCGUGUCCUGCCCCUCGCAGCCCUCCUUCCACCUCUCGGGGCCCUGCGAGGCUUCCGCGGGCCCCAGCGGCAGCGGGGGCGGCCCCCUGCCCCCGGGCCCGGGCCUGCCCUCGGCGGCCGCCAGCCCCAUGCCCGAGGGGCGCGGCGGGCAGGGGGGAGGGGAGCUGCGGCCCCUGCAGAGCGAGGGGGCUACUGUGCUGAUCACCAGGGAGUGCCCGCUGCUGGCUGCCGGAGGGGCCCAGCCCGAGGCCCCCAAGCGCCGGCGGGCCGAGAGCGGCGGCGACAGCCCGCCCGGCAAGCGGCGCUGGGCGGGCGCGGGCAGCGAGACGCCGGUGCAGCGGGAGGCCGGGCUCUCUGCCUCGGAGCGGCUGGCCGUGGACUACAUCGUCCCCUGCAUGCGCUGCUACGGCAUCUGCGUCAAGGACGGCUUCCUCGGGCCGGCCUUGGGCGGCCGCGUGCUGGCGGAGGUGGAGGCCCUGAACCGCGGCGGGCGCUUUCGGGACGGACAGCUGGUCAGCCAGCACGCCAUCCCCUCGCGGAGCAUCCGGGGGGACCAGAUCGCCUGGGUGGAGGGGCGUGAGCCCGGCUGCGAGAGCAUCGGGGUCCUCAUGGCCCACGUGGACGAGGUGAUCCUGCACUGCGCCGGGCGCCUGGGCGGCUACGUCAUCAAUGGCCGGACCAAGGCCAUGGUGGCUUGUUACCCUGGCAACGGGCUGGGCUAUGUGCGGCACGUGGACAACCCCCACGGGGACGGGCGCUGCAUCACCUGUAUCUAUUACCUGAACCAGAACUGGGACAUCAAGACCCACGGCGGCUUGCUGCAGAUCUUCCCCGAGGGCCGGCCCGUGGUGGCCAACAUCGAGCCCCUGUUUGACCGGCUGCUGAUCUUCUGGUCGGACCGCAGGAACCCCCACGAGGUGAAGCCUGCCUAUGCUACCAGGUACGCCAUCACGGUCUGGUAUUUUGAUGCCAAGGAACGGGCCGCAGCCAAGGACAAGUAUCAGCUAGCCUCAGGCCAGAAGGGCAUCCAAGUGCCAGUGUCCCAGCCGGGCCAGCCGACCUAGGGAAGAGGCUCCGAAGGGGUCGCUCCCCUCGCCCUGUGCUGCUCUGCUGGCCCCGGCCGCUCCCUCUCCUGCUGCUUCUGCCUUUGCCUGCCUGCCUUCCCCCUCCCCGUGUGGGCGGAGGGGUUACUGCCAGCCCUUGCGAGGAGCAGCAGUGCCUACCUCCUGGCACAACAGGAGCUGGGCAGGGAGAGGCAGCGCCCGGGCCCGCGGGCCGGUUCCCCUUCCCCCGGCUCCGCGAGGCGGGAGCCUCCAUGGACUUGCCCCCCAGUGGGCCCUGCCCUGGCACUGCCCCUCUAACCAGGAUACAAGAUUGGAUCGUUGGGGGUGGGGAGGGUCAUGGCCUCUUGCUGGCAAGGGGGGAUGGGGGACUCCUGCCCCCCUCUUCCAGCCUGGAAUGUGAAGUGUCCCCCCCACCUUGGCCCUGGCCUCCCCUCGACUGAGCCUCCUGUGGGGGUAGGGGUGCUCAGCGGAGCCUUGGCUGCAGACUUGCCGCCCGCCCCCAAAUAAAGUUUACCUCAGA